AUGUCUGGGACUCUAGUUGCCUUGAAAUGUUCAAAACGUCCAGCUCUUGGAGGACUUGUACAUUAUACACCGACCGUUCAAGUAUCGGGAUCAAACUCGAGUGAAUACAGAGCAGCACAUGCUGCUGCAGUAGGGCAGGAGAAAGGCGUGUGGGCCAAUGCUGUCUUCGGAAAAUUGAAUGAUAGGGGUCUCGGCAGGGUUUACCUGCAUUUCAAAGUCUCAAGAAACGCAAGACUGUCUGCCUUGAGGUCAUAUGGCUGGCCAAUUACCAGUCACAUCGAUAUAAUUAGAAGAGCUGCUGGAUUCGUAACUUUAGCGGAGGUCGAUGUGUACAGAUCAGUUCCACCAACAUGUGUGAGAAGAUGGUCUGUCCACCUUGCUGAAAUGAUAGUCAAGAUUCAUUUUGAACAGGUGAAAGCAAAUCCAUAUCUCAUACGUAUCCGCCAAAGGAAUCUAGAGUAG